CAAUUGCCCACUCAUUUCCCUCCCCUCUUCCCCACUCUAGACCACAUAGGACUCACCAAUGGCGCUCACUCAUCUCUUUCUCUUUUCUCUCCUCACCAUCCCUUCUCUCAUUUCCUCUUCCCCAGUUCAGGACCCAGAGCUUGUAAUUCACCAAGUCAACAGGGCCAUUAAUGCUUCGAGGAGGAACUUGGGCUAUCUCUCUUGUGGAACCGGUAACCCAAUUGAUGAUUGCUGGAGGUGCGACCCCAACUGGGAGAAGAACCGCCAGCGCCUGGCGGAUUGUGCUAUUGGGUUCGGUAAGAAUGCCAUUGGGGGAAGAGAUGGAAGAAUUUACGUUGUCACAGAUUCCGGUGACGAUGACCCUGUGAACCCUAAGCCAGGGACUCUGAGGCACGCUGUGAUUCAAGACGAGCCAUUGUGGAUCAUAUUUGCUCGUGACAUGACCAUUCAGUUGAAGGAAGAGCUGAUCAUGAACUCGUUUAAGACCAUCGAUGGUAGAGGUGCUAGCGUCCACAUUGCUGGUGGUCCGUGCAUUACUAUACAAUAUGUGACCAACAUUAUUAUUCAUGGACUGCACAUACAUGACUGCAAGCAAGGAGGGAAUGCUUAUGUGAGGGACUCACCACGGCACUAUGGGUGGAGGACUAUAUCAGACGGUGAUGGAGUGUCCAUCUUUGGUGGUAGCCACGUAUGGGUGGACCAUAACUCAUUGUCAAAUUGUAAUGAUGGUCUAGUUGAUGCAAUUCAUGGGUCCACAGCCAUCACAAUUUCAAACAAUUUCAUGACCCACCAUGAUAAAGUAAUGUUACUGGGUCACAGCGAUUCCUUUACUCAAGACAAGAACAUGCAGGUCACCAUAGCCUUCAAUCACUUUGGCGAAGGGCUUGUGCAAAGGAUGCCAAGGUGUAGGCAUGGAUAUUUCCAUGUGGUCAACAAUGACUACACCCAUUGGGAAAUGUAUGCCAUUGGAGGUAGUGCAGCCCCAACCAUUAACAGCCAAGGCAACAGAUUUGUUGCACCUGAUGAUAGAUUCAACAAAGAGGUGACAAAAUAUGAGGAUGCACCGGAAAGUGAAUGGAAGAACUGGAAUUGGAGGUCAGAGGGAGACCUGAUGGUGAAUGGUGCAUUUUUCACAGCUUCGGGAGCAGGAGCCUCUUCAAGCUACGCUAAAGCAUCAAGCUUGAGUGCUAGACCCUCUUCCCUUGUCGGUACCAUAACGGUGGGAGCAGGCGCCCUUAGUUGCAAGAAAGGGUCUCGUUGCUGAUUGUGUUAAUUCGUCAGUGAUUAAUGAUCACACUAUUUCUUAAUUACCAGUGAGAUUUAAUUAAUUGUGUUGGACCAUGGCUAGUUAGAAGGAGAGUAAGUCUCAUGGGUUGGCCUCUUCCUUCUUUUUUGUAUACUCGUUCUUAUCCCUUCCUUUGUACCCUACCUUGAUUAUUACAACCUCGGCCUGUUACUCUUAGAACCGUUAAGGAUUCUGCUUGAGAAUCUUGAUGGGCUUAGAGAAAACAAGUGCAGAAGUGUUGAUAGUACAAUAUGUAUAUGAUUGUCUAUUCAUGUUUAAGGUGUC